CCAUACUCAUUAGCAUUUAAUUGAAAAAAGAGAAAAGUCAUACAGGUAUACUAGCAUUGAGCAGUGAGUGUUAGUAAUACAUUUAUUAUUGCUAUUAUUGGACAGCAUAACAGUUGAAAAGGUAGCAUGUUUAAUCAAUAAGAAAAGCUGAAACCGGCUCACUGUCCCCUUCUUUUUACUUUAGCUUUUCAUUUCAAAAAGCUAUUCUUUCUUAAUUACUCACAUCACAUGCAAACACCAACAAGCAAACAACACCUUUAAACCAAACAGUUACCAAACCCCACUUUCCAAUUUCUUCUUUCUUUAUCUAACAUAACAUCCCUUUCCUUUUCUAUUCAUAAAUAAAAACUAAUAACCACUUUCUCAUAUUCAUGGCCAACUCCUCCUCCUCCACCACCACCAUCAUAACCACCGCCAAACGCCAAAAACACUACCAUCACCACCACCACCACCACCACAAAGAUCAUCAUCAUCUUCUCAUACCUGGUCUCCCUGAUCACAUAGCUCAACUAUGUCUCUCUUCAAUCAACCCUUCUCUUCUCUUCAAAGUAUGUCAUUCAUGGCGUAGACUUAUCUAUUCCCCUUCUUUUCCACCUUUCUUCUCUCUCUACGCCAUUCUCUCUCCACCCAAAUCACACCAUUCCCAUUCAAUUCAAUUCCACAAUUUCGAUCCCAUAUCAAACACCUGGCAGAUCCUCCCUCCACCGCCACAAAACACAUCACUCCAAAACAUCCUCCUCCACCACCCUUCCUUCCUCUCUCGAAAUCUCUCCGUUCAAUCAAUCUCCGUCUCCGACAAUCUCAUCCUCCUCGCCGCCACAACGCACAACCUCUCCCCAGCACUCUCCCAUCCUUUGAUCUUCAAUCCAUACAAGGGUUGGUCAUCCGGACCAGCCCUCGCUAAUCCGCGCCGAUGGUGUGCAUUAGGCACAUCCCAUGACGUGGUCUAUGUAGCAAGUGGCAUCGGCUCUCAUUUCUCCAUCGACGUAGCCAAAUCGAUGGAGACCUGGAACCCGAUAAACAAUAGUAAUUGGGAGAAGAAAACCGAGAUGAAAGACGGAAGGUUUAGUAGAGAAGCUAUUGAUGCUGUUGGAUGGAGGGGAAAGCUUUGUAUGGUGAACGUGAAAGGUGAAGCGGCGAAGGAAGGUAUUGUGUAUGAUGUUAAAGAGGAUACAUGGAAGGAGAUGCCGGAGGGGAUGUUGUCAGGGUUUAGAGGACCGGUGGCGGCGAUGGAGGAGGAAGUGAUGUAUGUGGUGGAUGGUAAAGGUAUUCUUAGUAGAUACAAUCCAGAAGACGAUGUUUGGGAAGAGAUUUUUGAGUCUCAGAGACUCAAAGGAGCUGAACAAAUGGUCGCGAAACGAGGUAGGAUUUGUGUGGUUUCCACCGCUGGGAUCUCUGUGAUUGAUAUAGUGGCGGAUCCGCCGAGAAUCACGGUUGUUGAGUUACCGGAUGAGUUUGAAGCGGUGGCUGUUCAUGUCUUGCCGCGGAUGCCGGUAACUGAUUUUGCCGUCCAAGUUUGAGUGGACGAGUUUUAUUUUGUGUAUAAGGAAAAUAUUAAAUAUAAAAUACUAAAAUUGAAGAAUAAAAAUCUGACUAAUAUUUUAUUUUUAUUAAACGAAAAAAAAGAGAAUUUUUGGUUGUAUUAGGAGUUGGAAUAGUCGUUUUUUUUGGUUCUGUGGUUUAUUUUAUGCGAUGAGCUGACAUUAGAUAUUUGAAAUGAAAGCUGAAAGUGAAAAUUUGUCUGUAAGCGUAAGAGACUAUUUUUUAAUUUUUUUCUUUAUAUUUUUGACUAAGUAUAUGUUUUUAUGUGAUGUAAGAAUAUUGUUGAUUUUUUAGAGAGAAAAAGGUGGGGCUAGUGGUAUUGGUUAUGACAAUAUUAUAAUUAAUAUUUGUGUUAUUUGUUAGUACUACAUUGCCCUUAUAUAGGGGAAGUAUGAAAGCAGGAAGAUAUGGGGAUUCACGUGGCGAGAGGGUGGGUUUUUGAUGGAUGAGAUUUUAUGUGAUGUUCAUCUUUAUCAGACAAUGAGUGUACUUUGUAUUUAUCUCGGAAAGGAAAUCAGACCAAAUCAUGUUUCCUUGUUUCA